UUCAAAGUGACCGACACUGACUGAUUGGGAGUGAUUGUUGUGGAACAAGAAAAGGGAGAAAACAUGGCCUCCUUUGCCGUUCAAGGGUAUGGGCAUCUGAGGAACAGCCUUCGUGGAUCAUUACUACGUUGUCGAUGCAUUUACAGAUAUCAGUCUACGAGUACAGAAACUGAAGCUACAGACAGCGAUGACCUGCGUUCUGACAGUGAAGUUUCAUUGGAUCCAGCAAGGAAUGUGUCCCGACUGUCAGAGAAUCAGCACAGACAAUACCAGGGGCUGCCCCCUGAACUUCCUUACAAAGAUGUGAGAAUGAGAAGAAAAUUGUUUGCUAAAUAUGGCAUGGCCUCCAAUGAAGACCCCCGGAUUAUGUGGCCUUCGAGAUCCGAGCUAUUGAGUCUUGAGGAGGAGGAAAGGGCGGAGGGAGUUCCUCUCCAAGAACGUCUAGCAACCAUUCAGUCUGAGCAGGAAUCAGCGAAACGAGCACGCGCAGAGCGACACAAAACGAUCGAGAAGAACAUGUCCCAGAUGCCUCGUCUGAUCUCAGAGUAUCGCAAACGUUUGCAGCAAGCAGAGAAGGAAGUGCGGGAUAGACAAAGCACAAAGGAGGCGCUACUGGAGGAGGCGAGGGAGUACUUCGGCUACAAGAUUCAGGCCAACGACCCCAAGUUUGAGCAAAUGAUGGAAGAAAGAGCAGAGAAAGAAAAGAAAGAAGCAAAAAAACGCAAAAAGGAGGAGAAACUGAAAAAAGCAGCAGCAAAACUUUUACAAGAAGCAAGAGAAAUGGGACAAUCUACUGGAAAGGAACAAUGACAUUUUGUGUUUAUGUAAUUAAAGUAAUAAAAUCAGAGGUUGCUGCCAAAGUUACCAACAUUAA